AUGGCCCAGCAGGAUGGCGAGCGGGGGCCUCAGACGAUGGCACUCAUGGCCCCCGAGCUGGAGUGCAAGAUCUGCUACAGCCGCUACGAUGCCCGCGCCCGCAGACCCAAGCUGCUCUGCUGCGGCCACCGCCUCUGUGCCAAGUGCCUGCGCAAGAUGGUGGCACUGGGGGACGCGUCGCCCCACCAGCUCCGCUGCCCCUUUUGCCGCCGGCACAGCCCGGUGCCUGGUGGGGACGUGCAGCGUCUGGAGGAUGACGGUGAAGCGCUGACACUGCUGACAGGCCAUGAACGGGCCAAGAAGCAGGGUCCCCCCCGGUCCCCUGAGGUCCUCCUCUGCCCCAGUGUGCUGGAGCCCGCACCUGGCCCCGACUGCCUGGUCGUCACCAUCCUGGAGGUGCCGGAGGACGUGGCCCCACCGGAGGGCCUGGGCAGGCUGGAGGUGGUGCGGCUGUACCGCCCAGCCAGCCUUGGCACGCUGCCCUGCCACGGCCCUGGGCAGAAGUGCCGCUCCUGGGGGUGGCGAGCCAUCCCCCGCUUCAUCCUGGGCGUCCUCUGCCUCCUCUACUUCAGCUCCCUGCCCUUUGGCAUCUACCUCCUGCUCAUCGAGCACCACAGCCUGGGCAUCGUCUUGGUCAGCCUCGUGCCCUCCACCCUCCUCCUCUGCAUCAUCUACAGCCUCUGCCAGUGUCUGUGCCGGGAGCUCUUCGGGUUCCCCCGCUCCUGA